UCCAAAUCACACAAAGCCCUUCCGCCACAUAUUAUGCCCAUUCCCCACAGACUGUCUGCCUAAACCCCCUUUGCAAGCCCCUUACAAGCCACCCUUCAUACAUUCGCCUUUGGAAACUCCCCUGAACUGCCCGCUAAUAACCUCACUGCCUCUCAAAACCCCCACCAAGUGGGGUGGUAAUCACCCUUGACGCCGAAAGAAUCCCGGAGUCACUCGAUUCCCCCAUCCGAUAAGGCAAAGGAUUAAUUGUGCUGCCUGGACGCGGCAAUCCGACACCGCCGUUCCAGCGAUGGGGCGGUUUUCAAUCAACUCCUCCCCUCCCCCCCGCUUUGCCCUCCCGGACUGUUCCACGAGGCUAUUGGAACUGGCUAAUAGCUGGCGAACAAGUGUGUUAACGCGCGUGGCUGAUGUUUGGAGCUAGCUUGGUUUUGGGUAUCCUCGCAAUAGCAGGAUGAAGUGGGGUUGGUUGGUUGGUUGACUGGACUUGAGGGGACUCCACUAUUGACAGCUUGUGAUAUUGAUGGAGGGGCAUGCAUAGAUAGAGGGGGGGGGAACAUAUAAAAACCCCCUCUUUUUACUUCCUUUCUUCUCUAUUUCGCAACAACAAUCCAAAGUCAAAUCUAUUUCUACUCAUUCAAUUCAGCAAAAUGGGCGCCUUCCAUCUCACCGCCACGGAUAUCCGCAUCGAAGACGGCCAUCUCCUCGUCGCCAGCCUCGAAUGCGGAGAUGGUGAGACUCAGGAAUCGACCAUCGACCUUGAUCAGUACAUUGGAAACGACGAGGGCCGCUUUGUAUGGGACGGCGAGAACUUCUCCGAUUCCGCCGAGAACGUCCAUUUCGACAUCGAGGGCGGUGCCGACGUGCCUGUUAUACGCGCUAAACUGCCGACUUCCGACGGCGAGCUCGUCGACGCGGACCUGAACCUUGGAGAGCGGAUUGACAACCGGGAUGGGGAAUUUGUCUUUGAUCCUUGAUUGAUUCCUUGUUGAGUUCUUGAACGCAUGUACACGCAAUCACCUGGUAGCAGGGGGAACCAGAUACUCAUAGUAAUCAAG